AUGGAAAGCAAGAGUCUGCUGGAAGUUCCUCAGCUUUUCAUUCGAAACCUCAAUAUUUUUGCAAAUCGAUAUCAGAGCGACGGGAAUUCGUUGAGUGCCUACAGACAUGAGGUUGAUAACGAUCUCUUAGUUCUCCAGCGAAAACUGCAAUUCGAAAACCCUGAUAGUACGGUUUUCACUGCAGUCCUAUGCCCAGAACAGCCCGAAGGACAGCCAAUGCAAUUCGCUGUUGCGCGAGUGUUCCUGGACACUGGCUCAGAUGUCAACGUCAUCUUUGGGAGAUACCUGAACGAGGUUGGGUUGGGCCAUCUCAUUACCCAAAUUCCGGAAGAGGAACAGGUUGAAAUGGGUGGCAUCGUAGAGCAAGGCAAGGCAUGGAAAUUUCUUUCAUCGUCGAGUUUUCGUUACCAGAAGCUCAGAUUGGGAUAUUCUGAUCAGUCAAAAACAAUACAUCAAAAGUGCAGAAGAGAAUACGGCUGGAAAAAGAUCUCUCUGGAUGCCAAAGAAGAAAAGAAGUCAAAGUAACUCUGCACUGUAUAGCGAAGAAGUGUCCGCCUAACACUCAAAAGAGGAUGAAGCGGAGCAAAGGACCUUCGAGCAGAGUCGUCUCAAGGAGCUUGAAAAACUCAGACAGGGAUAUGCACAGAGGGAGAACCAAAAGCGGCUGAAUUCGCAGCCUAUUGGUGUUCUUCCCGAGGCAGGGCGGGCUUGGACUGUUGACGAAAGACGAAGGGCCCUAAUGUCAGGCUCUAUAUCGACAGCUGAGGGCGAUGAAGGACCUUCAUCAAUUCGUAUGACUUCCAUGGAUGAUCAAAGAUCUCAAAAACAAAUAGAGGCAUCAAUGAGGUCUGGGAAAAUGCAAGAUGAAUCUGAUGAUGGAUCAAUCUCAGGGCCAGCUGGAACUGGGAUUUGA